AUGACGUCCAAUUAUUCCAAGUCCACGGUUUUCUCUUCUGUGAUCAGUGUGAUCGUGGUCGGAAUUUUAAUUAGAAAACGGAAAAAUGUGCUGGAAUAUCGUCAAUCACUGAAUGAUGAGGUGCAACAGACAUUGAAAACCAUUGAUGCCUCCAACAUCCCAGAAAAUGCGAUUUAUUUCCUGGAAACAUCAGGAUUGCCCAUGUUGAGUCCCAAACAGCUCUGUGCAGUUGAGUCUGCAGCUCUACAUCACCCGAACAGACCCGUGGUAGUGGCAGUAAAGAAUGAGUUCUUGCAGCUGCCCAUAGUUUUGAAAUCCUGGUCUGAAAGGUACCCAAAUGUCAUGUUCAUCAAUUUGGACAUUGUCCAAUGGCUGAAUGGGACCAUUCUUCUGCCAUGGCUUUCCAAAAACUUACUUGACAAGAGUCCAUUUAAAACUGCCCAAUCCAGUAAUGCCCUGAGGUAUGCCACCCUGUUCAAGUAUGGUGGAUUAUACUUGGACACUGAUGUGAUUGUCAUGAGGCCAAUGGAUGACCUGGUGAAUGCUGUGGGACUUUAUGCAACCAAUGGCAUUAAUAAUGCUGUAAUGGCAUUUGAGAAGCACCAUCCCUAUAUAGAAGCUUGUUUGAAAGAUGUGUCUGCAAAGUUUAAUCCCAAGAAAUGGGGAUCCAAUGGACCAGACUUGUUGACAAGGGUGAUCAACACCUUCUGCAACUUCAAUAAAACCAAUUUACUGAAACCUGGUUACUGCAAGGGCAUCAGAAUAUUGGACAUCAGUGACUUGAAGAUACAGUAUCUUGCUUCUAUAACAAGACAGACCAUCAAAAAAUAA